AUGAAGAUGUUACAGACUUUAAGUAAUAGUGUAAUCGACUGGAUGCUACCUACAGAUGAUAUUAAAACAGCUUUCAACGAUAUACCAACUGGUCAUACACCAACUAAUGCAUCAGAUGGCAGUUUUCGAGAUUUUUCAAAAUGGGAAAAUUUAAAUACUCCAACACCACUUGACAAAGAGCCUGACAACUAUUUUAUUUAUCCACCGAAUUCAACAAUAAAAACUGAACCAGUCACUGAAGAUGAUCAAAGUUUCCCUACUCGUAGUGUAACGGAAUAUUAUAAUGAUAACAAUUUACAAAUAUUUGGAGUACAAUAUUUAAAACCAUUGACUGAAUGCGAAAAUAACUAUGUGACUCAACCAUCCACACCAUUAGUCUAUUGUAAUUUAGAAUCAUAUUCUGCUUCGUCUACUACGAAUCAAGAGAUUAAAUCUGAAGGACAAAAUGAUAAUUUAUCACUAUUAUCACCUAUUACUCCAGUCCCCAAUUAUAAUACAAAUAUUAUCGUUGAUCAAUGGUCUACUGACACAUCUUUACAUCCGACAAAAUUCACCAUGGAUGAUAUGGAUUCAUCGAUUUAUGCAUGCCAAUAUGAUAAUAACAGUAAUAAUGCUGUAUACACUUCACUGGAAACGCAUAUGCCAUGGACUACUACUACAUAUCAUAACAGUAAUAAUAAUGUAACUCAUAGUAACACUUUCACAACAACAAGUAAUAAUCACAUUAAUGUAAACAACAUGAUCAAUCCUAGAAAUUAUCUGCAUCCAGAAAUUGAUCAUACAUGCUCUACGAGUAUAUCAACAAAUAUCAUCCCCAGGAUAAAUAAUUCAGGAGAAUAUUGUUGUAAAAACGGUAUAUCAAGUGAGUUAUCACUAAUUCAUCAAAAUAAUAAUAAUAAUAAUAAUAAACAGUAUCCAUUAAAAUUAUCUGAUCAACAAAAACCAUUUGUAUGUGGUAUGUUAAAUUGUAAUAAACGUUUUGUUCGAAUCGAUGAACUUAAACGUCAUCAACGUACACAUAGUGAAAUUAAACAGUUUGUAUGUGAUAUAUGUAAGAAAGGAUUUACACGUAGUGAUCAUUUAAUGACACAUCGUCGUACACAUACUGGUGAAAGACCAUAUGAAUGUAAAUUAUGUGAUCGUCGAUUUGCACGUUCAGAUGAACGUAAUCGUCAUACUAAAACACAUAUGCGUGAUAAACCAAGAAGAGGACGUAAACCAAGAAAUGCAAAUAUACUUCCAACUGGUACUACAAUAACAACAGCAACAACAACACCGCCACUACCUAAUACUACUCCUGCUACAGCACCAUCGACGAUUACAUCAUCAACAGUUGUUGUAAAUAACUUUCCUACAUAUAAUGUCCUCCCGUGUUGUUCUAUGAAAAUCGAUUAUCCAUUAGAGUGUAAAAAUAUUCCCGAUGAAAAUAAGAGUAAUAUUGUUUAAUUGUAUAAUCUUAUAAUGCAUAUUAUUUAAUGAAAUAACUCGUACUACUUUAUAUCAUCUUUGUACAGUACCUAGAGUAUGUCUGUCAUCCAUACACACACACAGUCACCGUCACAAAAACUCGAUGUAAGACAAUCUUGAUCUCUUUCUUUUAUUGUAGAUAAUAACUUGAUUCACUUUCUCAUUGUUUACUUUGUUAAAUGUAUCAUUUUUAUCAUUCAUCCCAAAGUAUUUCACCCCGCACGCCUCCCCCCACACCCGGCUACCGCCGCCAGAAGAUUACGUUAUUAUUAUUAUUUUAUUAAUCAGAUUAUCCCUAUUUCUCUUGCUCCCCUCCACCCCCUAUAUGAGAAAUGCCUUCACAUUUGCUUUUGAAAUCCUAAUGAUUUUUCAGUUGAGAAAAAAGAUAUUUAUUUGAAGCAAACACUUGAUUUUCUUUUUAAAAAGAUUAUUAAUAUGAUAUAUGAUAACGCAUUGAGGUGAAAGUACUUCGAAGCGUAUAAAUAAUAAGGUAACUAACUACUUUAUUUAGUAGUGUUGUUUAUAUUUGUAUCUAUUUGUACAACACUAAUUCUGACAAGAAUAACU